CGAGACGGAACGUGAACGUGCGGUUUUCACGUUAGAGCAAAGUCUAAUUUAGUUUUUAAUUUAAAUAAUAUUUAAAUAAACAAAGACGUACAAGACUUAACGUUGUGGUUUAUUAGGGGUGGAAAUCUGUGACAGCAGUCCAAGUGAAGAUGAGGACAAUAACUUCAGCCAGUGGCCAGGAGGUAACAGUGACCAUCAGAAGAAGUGAAUCGGCGGAUGCUCAGGGGAUUGACAGCCUCAUCAGCCCGUCAUCUCUGGCGGUUUUUGGAAGGGUCAAUGUAAUUCAUCUUCUAGAAAAAGCCAAUCUGGCCGUGACUCUAGCCAAUGAGAAGGACGAUAUUCUGGCCCACGCUUCCUUCUUCGAUCACCCUGUUGGAGACUUGGUGGAUCAGACUCACUGGGAACCUUUCCUGCAGAAACACUUCAGGGCUAAAAAAAUCACACCUUUGAACACACUCUUCCUUCACCUUUUCGUGGCACAGCCAGAUUUCGCCACAGCAAGUGUAAAGGAAAUAAUGAGGGCUGUCUUUAAUGCCGUCACAGAGCUCCAAUAUGUCUGCCUGGUCAGCCCACAUGUUGGUGCUUUAGAGCCGGCGCUGGAUGAGAUGUUUGAGCCGCUGCAGCGCCUGACUGACCCGGAGUCUCAGUGCUUAGCAUUAAUCUGCCACAGACAAGAGCACUGUCCAAAGCUUCAUAUCCGCCCAGCCAGGGUUGAAGAUCAUGAUGACAUCAUGCGCAUAUUUGCAGAGCAGACCAAACUGCUCUCAGCAGACCAGCCGUACUUCCUGGCAGAGCUCAUUGAGGAACAGAACGAGGAAAAUCACACCGCUGUUUGUGAGUGUAACGGAGUCGCCGUUGGCUUCAUCAGUGUCACUUCUGGUGUCGAUUUGAAACAGCUGCACGACAGCUUUGAGUUGGGCGAGUUUAAUGGUUUGUACAAACCUGCCGCUCUGCCUGACUCAAGAGAGGACGAAGAAGAACUGAGAAAAACCCAAACAUCUGAUUCACAGCAGCAGGAGGAGAAACAGUCGACUGGAGCAGGACAUGUUUCAAAGAAAUCCAACGCUUUCUGUAUUCAGGUCUUCAUUAUUGACAAGAAUUAUGAAAUGAGAUCAGUGGACUUUAUUCCACAUAUAUUCAAACUUUUCCCUGACCUGGACUUCUGCAUCAUCACUGUACCGACACUGUCCCCCGAUUUCAUGUUGCUGCAGAGCUUCCAGAGGGUGCUGCCCCGUGCCAGCAGCUCGCUGCCCCGUGAACUCUACAUCUCGCACCGCACCGGGCUCAGGAGUGUGAAGGUGAGGCCGGCUGUGGCUGCAGACCGGCCAGCUGUCUUUGAUCUGGUGAAGGGUCUAAGACUGAACCAGUCCCUGCUGCAGGACCUGGACAGCUUUUAUGAGACCCGGAGAGACCCGGAUGGGGUGUUGCUGCAGGCUUUCGUGGCCCAGGUGCAAAGUCAGGUUGUGGGGAUACUGAUCAUCAGAGACGAGCAGGACAUCGAGUACAUUCGUGGCCACUACAACAUCGAGAACUUCAUCUAUUUCAGCCAUCACCGCUACGAGGAGCACGCUCAGAUACGCCACUUUGUCGUCAAACCGUCCUUCCAGCACUUCACCAGACACUUGUUUAAGGAUGUCCUCCGCCUGGCUCACAAAUCCUGCCUGUUCCACAGAAUCUACCCUUCCUACCAGAGCCAGGAGAAUUCCUGUGUCCACCAUCUGGAUUUUGUCCUCAACUGCGCGGUCCCUGUCCGCCCGCGACGCCAGAUCAUCUACCCGCUGGAGGAGCUUGGCAUCAAUGCCCCUUCCAGGCAGAUCACCGAGGACCAGGCACCGUUUGCUCUCAGCCUUAUCAGCAGAAAGUUAACCAUGGAGCCAAAGGUCGCCAUUAAUGCCAGGAUUGUGGUGGUGGGGGCGUCAGACACAGGUUUAUCUUUCCUUGAGGCGCUUUGUUUCUGCCCUCACCUGAGGUUCAACAACCUGACCCUCAUUUCAACACAUGGUUUCCUCAGCGACUACAACCACAAGGACAUCGGAUUUCUGUCCACAAGUCACGCAUACAGCAGCCGAGACUUGGCCCAGGUCCCUCUGCAUUCCUGCGUUAACGUGGUGACUGGGAAGAUGGUUGGCAUCAACAGGAAGUCCAAAUACGUCCUUGUGUGUGGUGGUGGGAAGGUGCCCUACGAUCACCUCAUCCUGUGUACAGGCCUGCAGUACCAGGUGCCCUGUCCGACUGGUGUGGAUGUGAGCCAGCCCGUCACAAACAGCCAGCUGCAGGCUCAGUCCGCUCACCGCAGAUACUCCGGUCCCGUCCCAUCCAACCUCUUCACCCUCAACGACCUCUACGACUGCAUGGCUGCUCGCCGCUGGCUGUGUGCCAACUUUGUGGAGCUGGAGGAUAAUGCCGUCGUGUACGGAAACAGCAUCGACGUCUUCACCACCACGGAGACUUUACUCAGCCUUGGCGUCCGGGGAUAUCGCAUCCAUCUAGUCCUCCCACCUCCCGAGCCCGGUGUCUCCUGCUUCAGCGACCAUGACGUUGAGAAGGCUGUGGCAUCAGCCAUGGAAAAGGCAGAGGUCCAGGUCCACCAUAACUGCCUGCUGGCCCAGAUGAACAACGGAGAUCACCCCGAUCCUCUCACCUCUGUGUCAUUCACCACUGACGCAGAGCCCCUCCAUCUGCAGUGUGGAGUGUUCAUUAACCUCUCCAAUAGAGGAGUCGACUACAACGCCUUCAAGAGCAUCAACAACUCCUUCCUGGUCUUUGACAGGAGACUAGUCAUAAACGCUACUUUCCACACCAGCGAUCCAGCCAUUUGUGGCGCCGGGCCUCUCACGAAAUUCUCACGCCGCUACCACGCAGACGAGUGGUCGCACGCCAACUUCAACUCCAAGGAAGUGGGCCGGGACCUGGCGGCCAUGUUGCUGCCCCUCUUCGACCCGACGCUGGAGCCUGCGAACGAGCCUACGCCUGAAAUGGAUCGUCUCGUACCGCUGUACAAGCAAGCCAAGAUUCAAGGAGGAAAGCUGCCUGGAGGAUAUAACUACCUACACUUUACCAAACCAUCAGCUACCUAUCUAACGGGUCCUACUGUUAAACAAUUACAGGACAGCGGUAUCGUGACCGGACGAGUGGAGACGGGGAACUACUUCGGUUUACAUCUCGACUGCAACGAGCUGGUGGAGACGCUCACCUGUUUCUCCCUGAAGCCCAUCCCCGUCUCCAAUUACCUGAGUCUGUACGGGAAACACCAGCAGCUGCUGGGCCAGCUGUCGAACCUCUACCACCAGGGGCUGGUCCACGACCUGUACAGUUUCUUCAGACAGCGCUGGUGUUUGGCCAUUUAUCACGACAGAUUCUCCGACUUUGAGCAGGAGCUUCAGCAGAUCACCUCAACCACAGACGAUGAGUCGAAGCGGAAGGUGAUGGAGGACACCGACGACUCAAACGUCCUCCCUCAGGACAGAUUUGAAGAUACAAAGAGUCGAGAGGCUCUGAGGAGCGGCGCUGUGAAAUAUCUGACCUACAACCGCAACCUGCUGCCCAUGUUCGCCUACCCGGACUGCUGGGACAUCAUGAGUGACAUCACCAAGUUAGCCUUUUAACCCUGUUAAAUUAGUUUAUAAUAAACCGUUUAACUGAAACACAUGCACAAAAUCAUCUGUGUGGGAAUCACUGAGCUCUAAUACACAUGUAUUUUAUCCUCAUAAAAUGUUUGCAAUCC